GUUAAAGCGAGACCCACAUUGAUCCUCCUCUCUCAUCAUAACUCACGCACAUUCUCUGUACCAUCAUCAUAGUGGCCUCUCACAUGUUUCUUUUUCUCCUCUUCCUCCUCUGGGCUUCCCGCUCCGGCGAAUCUUUUCCGUCCGGAGACGGCGUACCAAUGGACACAAGCGAUCUUAACAGAGAGAGUUUUCCGGAAGGAUUCUUGUUCGGAACAGCCACGUCAGCUUAUCAGGUGGAAGGAGAGACCCACCAAGACGGUCGUGGGCCAAGCAUUUGGGAUGCCUUCGUCAAGAUUCCUGGUAAGAUAGCUAACAAUGCCACGGCUGAGUUAACGGUGGACCAAUAUCACCGUUACAAGGAAGAUGUAGAUUUGAUGCAGAACCUCAACUUCGAUGCCUACAGAUUUUCCAUUUCAUGGUCCAGAAUUUUCCCUGAGGGAACCGGCAAAAUCAACUGGAAUGGAGUUGCCUAUUACAACAGAUUGAUCGAUUACUUGAUCCUAAAAGGUAUAAAACCGUAUGCGAAUCUGUACCACUACGAUCUUCCUCUGGCUUUGGAACAAAAAUAUCAAGGCCUGCUUAGUAAACAAGUAGUGGAAGAUUUUGUGGAUUACGCAGAGUUUUGUUUCAAGACAUUUGGAGAUAGAGUGAAGAAUUGGAUGACGUUUAACGAGCCGCGUGUUGUAGCUGCUCUAGGUUAUGAUAACGGCAUUUUUGCUCCGGGUCGAUGCUCUAAAGCAUUUGGAAACUGCACUGAUGGUAACUCCGCGACCGAGCCAUACAUCGUUGCCCAUCACCUUAUCUUGGCACACUCAGCAGCCGUCCAGAGAUACCGCCAAAUUUAUCAGGAGAAACAAAAGGGAAGGAUUGGGAUACUACUGGAUUUUGUUUGGUUCGAGCCGCUUACGAGUAGUGAAGCAGACAAUGACGCUGCUCAAAGAGCAAGAGACUUUCAUGUCGGAUGGUUUAUUCACCCAAUAGUGUAUGGAAAGUACCCAAAUACGAUGCAAAACAUCGUAAAGGAGAGGCUUCCGAAAUUCACCGAGGAAGAGGUGAAAAUGGUGAAAGGUUCCAUAGAUUUCAUUGGAAUAAACCAAUACACGACUUAUUUCAUGUCCGAUCCUAAAAUAUCCACACCACCCAAGGCUUUGGGUUAUCAACAAGAUUGGAACGUCGCUUUUAACUUUGCAAAGAAUGGGACACCAAUUGGUCCAAGGGCACAUUCGGAAUGGUUAUACAAUGUUCCGUGGGGAAUGUACAAGGCAUUGAUGUACAUUAAGGAACAUUAUGGUAACCCAACUAUGAUUCUCUCAGAAAAUGGAAUGGAUGAUCCGGGCAACAUCACUCUAGCGCAAGGACUAAAUGAUACAACGAGAAUAAAUUAUUAUAGAGACUACUUAGCGCAGCUUAAAAAGGCAGUAGACGAGGGAGCCAAUGUAACUGGAUAUUUCGCAUGGUCAUUGCUUGAUAAUUUCGAAUGGUUAUCAGGAUAUACCUCAAGGUUUGGAAUUGUGUACGUGGAUUACAAGGACUUGAAGAGAUACCCCAAGAUGUCUGCGUUAUGGUUCAAACAACUACUGAAACGGGAUCAAAUCUGAGCUCAAUGUGUCUAUGAAUAGAUUAUGAUUGAGUUACAAGUGAUUGUUAUAUAAAGCCUUAAAGGAACUAUAGGGUCGUUUAUCUCCCUUUUGAGCUUUGAUGGAUUGUGAGGUGACUAUGCAUGCGACUGCGUAACUUGUGAACUCUCUGAUCUUUGCUAACAAAAACAAGAAAAAAAACUUGAGAACUC